GGGGAUUACUGCGUGCGUGUGCUUCUGAUGUGACGCUCGCGCUAUGAACGUCCGUAAAAAUCUCUAACAUCUUUUGAUUAGCCUAUGAUUCAUAUAGCCAUUAGAUAUAGAGAAGCUUAUAAGCGCUCAAUUCGUUGAAUUUUAAAGGCCAGUUGAUAGUGCGAUCGUAGUGUACAAAGAGACGUGUUGUCAUACAAAAACGAACUGUGAUAUUCAAGAAAAAUUGACCACGAUGGGAGCUGGAAAAAGUCAAUUUACUGAAGAGGAACUUCAAGACUACCAGGAUCUCACAUAUUUUACAAAAAAAGAAGUGUUGUACGCACACCAGAAGUUCAAAGCCCUUGCUCCAGAAAAAGUAGGGCAUAACAGAAAUGCAAAACUGCCAAUGUCAAAAAUUUUACAAUACCCAGAAUUAAGAGUCAAUCCAUUUGGUGACAGAAUUUGCAAAGUAUUCAGUUCUAGUCAAGAUGGAGAUUGCACUUUUGAAGACUUUUUAGACAUGAUGUCUGUUUUUAGUGAUGCUGCUCCGAAAGCUGUAAAAGCUGAACAUGCAUUUAGAAUAUUUGAUUUUGAUGGGGAUGACAUGUUAGGUAUUGGAGAUUUGCGUCAAGUUGUUGAUAGAUUGACUGGAAGUCAACGAUUGAGUGAAGGUGACAUGCAGCAACUUAUUCAAUACCUGCUGGAAGAAGCUGAUUUAGAUGAUGAUGGGGCCUUGAGUUUUGCGGAAUUUGAGCAUAUAAUUGAAAAAAGCAGUGAUUUCUCAAAGACUUUUAGAAUACAUUUAUAAAAAGGUAGAUGACUAUUUAGCCCAAAUUAUUGAUAUAGUUAAUUUAAAAGACUGACCAUAAGUAGACGAGAUACAUAAUGAUAAUGGCCAUAACAAGUAUCAUUUGUCAAGAGUCACAGGAGCUAAAUAAUAUCCUAUAUAUAAGAUGCAUCUGAAAUUUAUGAAGCUUACAAAUGAUGCAAUUGACCAAUUAAUAGAAUUGUUAAAUAUAAUUCUGACACAAUCAUUAAGUGGGAACGUUUACCAAUACAUUUAAGAAUUAUUAUGUAUUAAAAUUCACAAGAACAUUUACAAAUGUAGAAUGUGAUGACUGCUAACUUGUUCAAGCUCAAAAACUGUAUUAGAAAAUCUGUUUUUCUAUGUUUAUAAGAUCGUUUAUAACUUUGUUUUUAAUGUAUUUAUACUAUAUUGUAUUAAUAUAAAGUAAUUCUUAAAAAAUAUAUAACUAAAUAAAAAGAUAUAUAUUAGAUGCAAUAAUAA